GAAUUAGGUCCUCUAACGACUCUCCGGGUUCUUUUGACCAUAAAAGUUUCUACCCCGAGAAGGGGUGGGUACCACCCCCAAAUAAAAAUAAUAUUGUGACAUAGGGUAGACUUUAUUUCUUGAGCUAUUCAUUACUUAAUGUAAACAUAUCUAGUGAAUUGAUGCAUUCGGUCGGAAUUCGGAGAGAAAUCCCCUCAUUGACUGCACUAUAAAUAUUUGAACAACAGGUAGUGUUUUUAUAGCAAAGAUGGUGGAUGAAAAUUCUUGGAGGAGGACGGCUACUUUUCGACAAAUUGUAGUCGCAAAAAUAGAAGAGGCAAUUCGUCAGUCUGGUGUGAAUACGCCGAAAAACAGUCAAGAAAUGGAACAUCAUAUCUUUUCAAAAGCCAAGAGUAAAGAGGAAUACCUGGCAUUGGCCGCUAGGAUAAUCUUGCAUAUUAGAGAAUUGGAUAUCCAAGGCAAGUCUCAGGCAUAUCUGGUAUAUGUUACACUUUGUUGUUUUUUUUACUUUGGCUUGGAGGAUGGAUGUAUUUUGUUUGUCGUCAUCGACUGAGAAUACGUGGAUAGAUACCUGAGGAAUAUACGCGAUUGGAUGUCUAAAAUAUUUCGUGAUUAUAUGGACAAGUAUUAUAAAAAGUAAUAAGUAAUUAAGUUAAAUAUUUGUAAAAUGUAUUUUUAUAAUAAUUCUAUAAUUUUCAAAAUAUAAAAAUUAUCAAACAUU